AGUUUGUUUUUUCAACUUUUGAAGCAUACAUUUCGUUAUAAGCUGCUUAGUAGCUGAUAUUAACUGAUCCCUGAGGUCAUUAUCAAAUAGAUAUGUACUCGAUUUGACGUAAAACAACAGUUUGUAUUCAGUUUAAUUCAUAUUUAUUGAAAAUGGUGUCGACAGAAGUAAGAAACUCAUUAUUAAUAUUCAUUCUUUUUAUACAAACCGUUCUGUCACAAACUAAUACUUUCGUUGAUGUUAAAGUUUCUUUAAUUUCGAAAAAACAACCAACUAAAAAAGAACAAAUUACAAUAACGUCCAACAACUUACCGCACAGUCUCAUCAAUUAUGAUCCCGAUGUUUACGAUUCUAUUAAAAUUGAAGGACAAUUUAUACCAAAGAUAUACGAAGGGGCGUUCAAAGGUUUAAAUGUAACACAAUUAAUGAUCAUCAAAACUGAUUUGAGAGAAUUAGAAGUUGGUGCUUUCAAGGACAUUAAGAAACUUGAUUCGUUGGUGGUCGCGGAAAAUUCGCUCAAAUUUGUCAAGAAAGGAAUAUUCACAAACUUAUCGAUUACUAAAUUGUAUCUUGAUGAUAAUAAAAUAAAAUCAGUCGAAGGUGGUUCCUUCGAGGGUAUGAAAAAGAUAACGUCCAUAGUAUUGAGUGUAAAUUUUAUCAAAGUAAUCGAAAAAGGAUCUUUUAAAGAUUUAGAAGAAUUAACGUCAAUCAGAAUCGAUUUUAAUAGGAUAGAAAGAAUCGAAGAAGGUGCUUUCGAAAAUUUACCAAAGCUAUCUAAGUUAGAUCUGGAUAAUAAUAAUAUAAAACAAAUAGAAGCCAGCUCAUUUGUGAAUUUACCAGCACUUACUGUCCUUUUAUUGCAAGUCAACGAAUUGGAAAGAGUUUCACUGAAAAAUCUGAAUAGUUUGAUAGUUUUGUGGUUGUUCGACAACAAACUGAAAUCUUUGGAUAUAGGAAUGUUGAAUGGAUUGAAAAGUUUAUCGAAAGUGAACGUUACCGAAAACAGAAUCACGUAUCUCGAAGGAACGGCUGUACGUUCUUUCGAAAUGCAUUAUCUGGAUCUAUCAUAUAAUAAUAUCACUAGUAUCGGUGAUGGAUGUUUUAACGGAUCUAAUAUACAAGAUUUACUUUUGAACAACAACCAAAUAUUAAAUAUAUCGCCGUCAGCUUUCAAGUCAUCCAAGAUAAAGAAGCUUCUACUACAUAAUAAUCGCAUAUCCAAAAUAAACAACGAUACGUUUGCUAAUUUAGAAAUGGACGAACUCACAUUGAACAAUAACUUAAUAUCAGAUAUAGACGAAGGCGCUUUCCAGAAUGCAGCCAUCAGAUCUAUAAAUCUCGAUGGAAAUAAACUGACCAGUAUCAAACAUGGUGUUUUUGAUACGGUUAGAUUGAGAUAUAUUUCAAUUUUGAAAAAUGACGCUAUAAACGACAGAGCUUUUAAUAACGUUUCCAAUCUUUGGGAUAACAGUUCGACAAAAUUAUCUUAGAACUUUUAAGGAGUACCAAAAAGUAUUUUUUUUUUAAAUAUAACUCAUGCAACAAAGUAAUUUUUUCUUUUCCAUUGUGAAACUACGAUUGGAACUAUUGGAAACUUUGAAAUAAAUCACACAUCAAGAUGAGUAGUGCAACGCAUUUAUUUAUUUCAAUUGAAAUUUUAUAAAUUUUUAUAUUCUUUAUAAACAAGUAAUUUUUUUGGAACAAUUAACUUUUUUGUUAUAGACCCUGCAAGCAUGUCUGGCUGCUAUCUUGAUUACGCUUCUCAUACUAUUUUGUGAUAAAAUUUUUCACCGCGUUAAUUUUUUUACUGAAAUCGUGUUAUACAGAAAAAAAAUUAAAGAAGUAUCUACGAAAUUGCUUAAAAGUUUGUGAUCUGCAUCCAGGAAUUUUUUUUACUUCGAUAAAAGCCAAGCAUUUUUUUACUAGGUCUGAAACUACAUAAAAAAAAUUUUUUUGCUAAUUUUUUUAUGUCAAGAUGGUUGAAAAUGCCUUUUUUAAUUUCCAUCACAGUCAAUCUAGGAAAUUUGGUUUCAAGAAACGAAAAUUCGGGUCCGUCUUUGGGGAGGAGUUUGGUCUUAGAAGUACCAGGCCCAACAAAGAAAAGACAGAAAUUCUGGACAAAUAUAUUUAUUUUUCAACUCAUACUAGCUCCAUACAUUUUUCCCAACGAUGUUCAAUGAGUUCGAUUUGAUAAUUCUAAGACUUUUAUUUAUUAAUUUUGGCCAUUACAAUAAUGUAUGUGUGAGCUGGUGCAUUUUCUUUAUGAAACAAUAAAUUUUUCUUAGCCAAAUGCGACUGGUUCUAGUGCAGGCAUUCAAACCCAAAAUGGUGUCCGAUUUUCCUGAAAAUUUAGAAUUAAGCUCAUAUUCACCUCCAUAUCAAGAUCUACAUGGUCGCAAGGUGUGCAAAUUGUUUUUAAGGGGUGAAAACCACCCCUUAUCGAAAAAUAUCAAUAUUAUAGUUGUUCCUACUUUUUUUCAGUUCAAAUUUUUUUCGUGUAUGCAGCAUAAAUAUCUUAACAUAUUGUAUAAUAGAAAAUUUAUAUAUUUUGAAGUAUCAACCCUUAAAAAUCUUUAGAAUCUACCAUUCUGAUGAAAAUAAUAUAGGAAAAAAUCUUUUAACCAUUUAAAACAUUGCAAUUUUAUUUUUACUGUGAAAAAUUCAAAGCGUUUCAAUAAAAUUGGUUAUUAAUUAUCAUUACUCAACCCUUAAAAACUACCCCUUUGCAGAGAAUGAUAUAAAAAUAAAUCUAAUGACUACUAACUUUUGGAUUUUUCAUUCUUUUUGGUAUUAAAGUUUCUACUUUUUUAUUGUCUAUACCCUGUCAAUCCUUAAGAAAAAAAUUUUAAUGACUGUCAAUAUUUUAAUUCUGAAUUCUUUCGGUAUCCAAGUGUAUUGACUGUUUAUUUGUUUUUGUAUCUCUUAUAGUUAUGGAGAGAAAAAAAAGUAUUAUUUAAUGCUCAUUUUUUUCAAAAAUAUGUAUUUCUAAUCAGUGAAACUCUCAAAUGUCGUAAAUAACAUCCAAAUAAAGUAUUAAUUUUGAUUUUCAAUGAAAUAGCAUUAGUUUUAGUGUAAUUUUUUUAGCUUUAACUAUUUUACAUCAUAUCUCACUGAAAUUUCAAUCGAAACGACUUUUAUCAGUAAUCAUUUGAAAGGUCUUUUUAAGCUCUUUAAAAAGUAUUCUGUGACAUUUUGUUGAAAAAUAUACCCUUUUCCCGUUAUUUUAGGUUAAAUGUUCAAUUACGUAAAACAAAAGCUAUUCAAGUAUCUAUAACUUGCUUAGGUAGAACCUUAUGAUCUUAAAAUAAAGCUCAAUUCUUUCGUUUUCUUAUAAGCUUCAUUUUUGUUCCUCACACUUUUUUCGAUAAAAUACAUCAUUACAGAGUUAUACGUAAAAAACUAUUGAAAAUGCGGUUUUUUUGACGAAAAAUCGUACUUUUCAAUUGCGAAUAACUCAAAAACUAUUGAUCUGGCGAAAAAACUUUAUAUGACAUUUUUUACUUUAAUUUUGCUGAUCUUCCGAAUUCUGGGGUUGCACAUUUCGGCACUAUGUAGAUCUCGCUUUUUAGAUACACACCAAUCAUUUAUCAAAUGAAUUUCAAAUAAAUCGGUGCUGCAUUAAAUAAUUCGGAAAGGAAAUGCUUGAAUACCUGGCCUAUUUGCUUGAUUUCUUCGCUCAAAUGCUGCAAUAAAUUCGUAUAAUAUUCGCCAGUGAUAGUUUUUCCUUUUACAAGGUAAGCAAAGAAAAUUAUUCCACGUCCAUCCCGAAAAACCGAGGCUAUGACCAUUCUUGCAGACGGAACGGUCUUUGUCUUCUUUGGAGCCGCUUCUCCCUUUUCAAUUUAUCGUUUUGAUUGUUCUUUUGUUUUAAUGGACCCACGUUCCAUCCAGGGUUAUGAAACAUUGUAAAAUACUCGAAGGAAACAUCUUCACGACGUUAUUUUUGUUCCAUUGUGAGCAAACGCGGCACCCAUUUUGCGCACAGCUUUCUCGUGCCUAAAUUUUCAGUUAAUAUGCGAUGUACCGCACUUUUUGAAAUGCCUAAUAUGACUGCUAGCUUGCGUACUUCCAAUCGAUGACCAUCCAGCAUCGCUUUGUGGAUUUUCUUCAACAUUUCUGGAGUCAUUUCCUCAUUUGGUCGACCAUUGCGAUGCUGGUCUUCGCCUCAUUUAAACUCUGCUACCCAAUAUUUUACCGCUGUCUCACUCAGAGAGAUCUAGUUCAGCUUUUAUAUUGUCUUUCAAACAAAUACCAAAUAACGUAGCGUCUUCAAACUUGAAACAUAAGUUGUAUAGAUUGUGUACUUUCUAAUAUAAACGUAAAUCUUCGAGUAUAAUAUCUUCCUGAUAACUUUGGCCCGUCACGUGACCCCUUAUAAAAGUACGGACCCACGAGAUCUACCCCAUGGAUACCUACCCACACACGAGCACCUCAGACAGGUUUGAUUAUUUCUUGAUUCUUUUUUCGAGCGCAUUGCCUACUUUAUGCCGACUCAUGUAUAAAACUUCAUAUUUCUAGCCGAAUUAUAUUUGUAAACUGACAAAUCUAGAUAUUAAUGUCAUUUGGUUGGCUAGUCCAAGUAACGAAUGAUCGGAAUUAUUAGAUAAACAACCUAUUUUAGAGCUUUAGAACUCAAAAGCAUUCGAUCGCUAAUAUUUUCCGUAUAAUCGAAAUACGUCCUUUGAAGAUAUCAUUGAUGUCGAUUUCUUUCAUUUCUAGUUGCUAUCGACCAAGUUAACGGUUUUAAAAUAGUCGAAAAACAUUUUAAUCCGGUCAAUUCAGACAAUCGAAGUUACAUAAAUUCUUAUCAAGCUGCAAAUCAGUAAAAUUGUUUAAAAUACAAUUAAACAUGGAAUUUGAUCAUUUCCAUGUAUGAAAAAUGAGUUUUUCGCUAUUUUCAGCGAAACGGUGAGUUUUAUCAUAAAAAUACAUCGGAUAAAAAUUGUAGAUCAUAAAAUUAUCUACAAAAAACGUAGCGAUACUUUUUUUCCUACGAGCCACCGUUACUGAGAAAUAAUGAUUCAAAAAGCUGUAAAAAUUGUCGUAUUCAACGGUUUCAUCAUUUUCAGCAGUAAAUUUUACAAUAUUGAAAUGAAAUGAGACUUGUUGUGAGUAUUUGUAAGAAAUUUCUAUUGACUUGUGGGAUUUAUCAUAAGUUUUGGUAUUUCUCGUGCAAUCAUCAUAGCCAUUAAAUACGACAGUAAAUCUGAACCAUUACAACUUUCACAAUUAUUUGAAUCGUUAUAUCUCAGAAACGGUGGCUCGUAGAAAAAAAAGUAUCGCUACGUUUUUUGUACAUAAUUUUAUGAUCUACAAUUUUUGUUUGAGGUAUUUUCAUGAUAAAACUUACCGUUGUGCUGAUAAUCGCGAAAAACUCAUUUUUUUAACCUUUGACCUCGAAUAAAAUUUUUUCCAUACACGGAAAUAAUAAGGAACAUUCAAAUUUUAUUUUCAAUUGUAUUUUAUACAAUUUUACUGAUUUUCAGCUUGAUGGGGAUUUAUGUAGCUUCACUACUAUUUUUUGGUCUAAUUUGACCGGACUAUUUUAAUUUCGUACUAACUUCAAUAAGUGGGAAUUUUCGAUUCGACAUGCAUCAUGUAUUCCAACUACCAAAAAAGAAUUAAAA